AUGGUGUUGUACGCGAUCAUCGACCGCAAAGUCAUUUCAGCUCUCUAUUUAAUUAAAAAAGACAGAGAAAUAAACCUGUACUUUCUGAAAAUAAAACUACCACAGUCUAUAAUUAGGUUAACAUUAUGCUUAAUCGAUGAUUACCCAAAAAAUAAACGAAGCAACCUCUACGAUGGCUUAAACCUGUGCUUAAACCACUAUCUUGAUCUCUUUCUAUCAUUGCAGACCGAAGACCCCCUCAAACGAAUACAGGAGGAAAUCAACGAGGUAGCAAGACGAGAGCAGGAACUACGCCAGGGCCACCGGCUGAACGAUUCCAACGAUGAUUGUCUCUCGUCGGCCAACUCGGACGAUUCCGGACUUUCGCUCUCGCCCAGUCCAGUGCACUCGCCGUCGGUGUCCAACUUGAAAGACAAACUGGAAGCGGCAAGCAAUCAGAUAAACGGUACAAAUGGCCACGAUAGUACUGCCACCACGCUGACUAACGGCAGUCGUCAAUUCAUCUUGCCUCAGUCGAACGCGUUGACCCGUGCCCGUUCCACGCCGCAGCUCUUCCAAAUUUCACCGAACCGCCGUUUCAAUGUGAACCCAAAUCAACGUGGAUUGAUGCAAAAGUUUAUCGCCUCUCGAGGCCGGUUGGGCAAAUUUCCAUCUAACAAUAGUAGCAGUAGUCCCAUUAGUGCUGCCAUUUCCAAUAGCCAUGUAGCGGUUAAAUCUGAACAGCAUGCGUCCCCGAUAGAGCUGAACCGUACACACAUCCUACUGCCACCUACAGCCAUUUCCACUCCACCGGUAAUCGAACGAGAUUCCAACGGAAAACCCAUCCGGCGGGGAUACGUCCCAGUCGAAGAAAAAAUCCAGAAAGAACUACGCGAUUUGAAGAACCGAGAAUCCGAACUGAAGCGACUACGCAAACAGAACCGCAACGCUUCGCAGUCCGAUUUGCUGGAGCUGAAUUACGACAGCGAUUCGGCGGAGGAGAUCUCCGACGACGACAACUUCGACACGAACGUGUACCCUUCCACACGAAAGUUACGGUCCACCAAAUCGAUAGGCGAGCUUUGCGAAGCAUUGACGCAUUCUAGUCUUUCCCCGAGGGAAACCCCAUCGCCACAGUUCGAGAAUCGGCAGCGCGGCAUGCGACCGGCCAUGUCACUAGCCCAGCUCUGUGAUCUGGAUCCACAGGAAGCGCCCUCUUCCCACAAGUUGAUAGCCAAAUGGGAAACCCUUAUUCAGCAAACGCAACAACGGUAAACAGAGGGCAGGACGAGAUGCUGUGGUGCUUGUUUUUUUGUUGAGUAUGAUAAAAUAUUUGUAAUAAGAGAAGAAUGCCGCAUUAUUGGUUAAGGAAAGGUUGAAGAAAGUAGGAAACAUUUAAGAAACAAGCUGUAUUUAUUGCAAAGUGUGUGAUGUUGCAGAGGGUAUCCAAACCAUAUUUGAAGGUAGUUCUUUUAAAUAAAACAUUAAUUUUAAGUUAACUUAGCUACCUUAUUGCUAAUUAUUUCUUUUUGUUUUAAUGAAAUAUUUAUCUUAAUGCCAAUUAUGUUAUGAAAAUGAUUUGGUGAACUUUUUUUUUCUUCUAUUAAAAUUGUACAGUUUAUAUUUUUUGUUAUUAUAAUAAAACAUAGCUAUGGUGCAAAGACUAGUUAUUCAAAAUUAUAUUGCUGAUUAAUUUUCUAUUACCAUUCCUGUAAAUAAUAUUGGGAUAUACAUUCAAUAAUUUCGGUACUUUUCUCUAUUUUGAAAUUUUCUUAUUUUCAUAAGACUUCUUCCGAAUGCUGUUCAUGCCAAAUGGAUACCUCAAAAAUAUGUACGUUGAAUUUACGUUUUAUCAAAUGUUUCUGCGUUGAUAAGUAAUAUAAAAUUCGUGAAUGCAUAUUUCUUAAAAAAAAAUGCGCGACAGUCAACAAAGAAGAUGCCAAUCAAUAAAUAUAGCUAACAGUUACAUUAGGCGGAAUGAAAAAAAAAAAACAUUUGGUGUAAAAUAUUCUCCGUAUUAUCACAUUUUUUAGAAACAUAACUCUCCCCAUUAGUCCACUAGCCGAUUACGACUCUUUUCUAUUAUCAAAGUAAAGAUGUGAACUAAUUUAUUCGAAGCCUCGUUGUGAAUCGCAUACAAAUCUCAUCUUCACAUUUUUAAAA